AUGGCGUUGCCACCUGCGACACUGCAGAGCCCGGCGGUGCCGGACGGGCAACAGCGCUUGGGUUGGAGCGGCGGCAGCGGCCAUCUCAGCGUCACCGCCCUGGACCAGUCGCGAACGCCGCUGUGCUCUGCGGAGCGCCGGGUAAGCUUAUGUGACGAGGGCAGUGCCCUCGCUGCUGUCUCCCUGUCCGCCGACGCGUCGAGACCGACGGCGGCAAACUUUGUGAAGGGUGAGCUCAUUGGGAAAGGCAGCUAUGGCGCUGUGUACCGGGGGAUGCAGCGCAGCAACAACAGAAUUAUAGCAAUGAAGGAGAUUCGGCUGCCUGGCGUAGUGGAGCAGCAGCUGCGGCAGUCCGAAAAGCUGGCGGCUACGGCGGCGUUGCCUGCGGGUGUGUCGUCGUCUCCGGUGCUGCCGGCGUCGAAUUCAGCCAAGGGAGAGAGCGCGUUGGCGAAGGAGGUGGCGGCUAUCAAACGUGAGCUGACGCUUCUCAAGCAGCUGAACCACCCGAACAUUGUCCGCUACCUGAACGACGAGGUCGUCGACGGCACGCUGCGCAUAUACAUGGACUACGUCUCGGGCGGCAGCGUGACGGCCGCGCUCAGGUCGUACGGCAGCUUUGAGGAGCCGCAGGCGGCCGCGCUGUGUUUUCAGCUGCUGCAGGGGCUCGCCCACAUGCACCGCCGUGGCAUCAUUCACCGGGAUUUGAAGGGUGACAACUUGCUGUUGGAGACGUCGAGUCAGCUCAAAAUUGCGGAUCUGGGCACUGCCAAGAGCAUCUGCUCGUCGGCGACGAUGACGACAAAUAUCGUCGGAACGGCGUACUUUAUGGCUCCGGAAGUACUGCAGCCGAGCAGCGCCACGGUAGGGACGGCGGCGGAUAUCUGGUCCGUUGCCUGCUGCGUGAUCGAGAUGCUGACGGGCAAGCCACCGCUCUCUGACCUGCCGAAUCAGUUCACGGUGAUGAUGGCGAUUGGUGGCUCGGCCACGGUGCCUCUCGACAAGUACAUUCCAGCUGACAACACGUGGUCCAGUGAGGUGCUCGACUUCAUAUCGCAAUGCCUGCGCGUAAAUCCGGCACAGAGGCCCACGGCGGUGGAGCUGCUGCAGCACAGCUGGUUCGCGAAGCUUCUGAACGUGACGCACAUGCCAUCUAUGUCGACGCCGGCGACGCUCACCUCCUUUGUGACCCCCACCGCCCCGUCUGUUGAGCGCCCCCUCACCUUAUUACCACAGCGACACAUGGUGUCCCCAAUAUGCUCGCCUAACUUGACCGCGGCGCUCACACCAGGCUACGGUGGGCUACAGUAUAGCGCCGGCCAACCGGAAAGUCGUAAUAGCAGCCGCGCCAGCAGCCGCACCAGCAGGGAGCGCAAAGGGAAGCGGGACAAGCGGGCCUCAGCGCGGCGCCACACACGCUACUCGCCCAGCGGCGUCACGAGCGUGGGAUCGCGCCACUCACAAGAAAGUUCUCAGGCGAGCACGCCGCAGUACAGCAGCAGCACUCGUACUCGCGACGGAUCAGCGCAGAGCGCUUCCUUGACGCGGUCACACAGCCAUCCGGAUAGGCAGCACGGCUCCAACUCGAGGCGCAAGGUUUAUGCGCAAAUUCCGGGUCAGGGACUUCUCAAGGACGACUCUCGGCAAAGCUCCAGCAGCGAGUACACGAUGCAGCACCACACGUGCACCACCGGUAGUGGUGGGGGCGGUGACGGCGGCGGGGAUAACAAAAACAGAAGUGCCUUCCUCCCUGCCAUCACGCACAACGGAAACGUAGCACUAUCGCCGUGCGGCUACUCCCUCGACGUCUUGCGUAGCAACCGAUCGCUGAGAAACAGCGGAAGCUCGCGCGAGCCGACGAAGGCUUACUCGUACACCACCGAUAUGGAGAACAGGAACCGCGACUUGCUGCACCUCGGCCAAUGCCUAAGCGACCAUCAGCAGCCCUUCUCCCGCGACUUGGCCGACUCGUCUGUGCAGUACGGAAGCGUCACCAAGGCCGGUGUGGAUAGCGGAUUGAGCGCCCGUGGUGCUGGGAGCCACAGCAUGAUCGACGACCUGGAAGGCUCCGGUCAGCGGACGCUGCCCCCCAACAUCUCCGCACUCCCCUCGACCUCGUGCAAGAACACGCGCACCAGCGAGUGA